AUGCUCCAGAAUAAUCAGCUGGAAAGACUACCCAAUGACAUUCCAUGGAAUCUACCCAACCUGCUGUCUCUGCGUCUGGAUGCUAACCUGUUAUCUGAGGUGCCUGCGCGGUCACUAGGUGGUCUUAGGUCUCUAAGACACCUGUGGUUGGAUGAUAACAGUUUAACAGAGAUCCCUGUCUCUGCUCUGGACUCUCUGCCGGCCCUACAAGCUAUGACCCUCGCUCUCAACCAUAUCACUCACAUACCUGACCAUGCAUUUAGCAACCUCUCAUCACUGGUCGUACUUCAUCUCCAUAACAACCAGAUCCAGACGAUGGGAGAGAGGUGUUUCCAAGGUUUGCUCAGUCUGGAGACACUGGAUCUGAACUACAAUGAUCUACCAGAGUUUCCUACAGCCAAGACCCUGGCAAAGCUUCAGGAACUUGGGUUCCACCACAACAACAUCAGAGCGAUCCCUGAGAGAGCCUUCAUGGGAAACCGCCAGCUACAGACCAUUCACUUCUAUGAGAAUCCCAUCCAGUCUGUGGGAAGAUCCGCUUUCCAGUUUUUACCUAAGCUCCAUACACUCUCCCUAAACGGGGCUUUACCCAGAUACGAGUUUCCCGACCUGAAAGGAACCACCAGCCUGGAAACACUGACAUUGACCAGGGCUGGUCUCUCUACUCUUCCUCAGCGGUUGUGUCAGCAUCUACUCCGCCUCAGAGUACUUGAGAUGUCUCAUAAUCAGAUAGCGGAUCUUCCCAGCUUCUAUCACUGCUCUGCCCUGCAGGAAAUAGGCCUGCAGUAUAACCACAUUAGGAGGAUUGAGAGGGAUACCUUCCAGCAGCUCAGCUCUCUACAGUCUCUAGAUCUCAGCUUCAACAGUAUUGAGUGGAUUCACCCUGAUGCCUUCAUUUCGUUCCAUUCUCUGACCAAGCUGGACCUGAGUGAGAACAGUCUUACAUCACUUCCUGUGGGUGGUCUGGGGGGACUGACCCAUCUGAAGCUGAAAGGAAACAUGGAGCUCUAUGAAGACUUCAGCCCUGAACUCUUCACCCGCAUGAGGGUGGUAGAGAUGCCGUAUGCGUACCAGUGCUGUGUCUAUGGGUCAUGUGACAGCUAUAAGCCCAUCAGCCAACCGGAGACUGAGCAGAGCAGUGAGGAGGAGGAGCUAGACCAGAGGACCGUAGCCCUAUACCCCAUCCACACCGACACACUCUAUGACCCAGACCUGGAGGAUCUCCAGAUGGAGAUACAGGAAUCUAAACUACAGACUAACAUCCAGUGCUCACCUGUACCAGGUCCGUUCCGGCCAUGUGACUCCCUGCUAGGCAGCUGGUUGGUCCGUGUGGGUCUGUGGUGCGUCUCCAUCGUGUCUCUACUUGGGAACUCUCUCUUGCUGCUGUCGCUCUUCGGUUCGGCGGGCUAUCUCUCCCCGCUGCGGUUCACCACCGCCUGCAUGGCCGCUGCCAACCUCCUCACUGGCGUAUGCACAUGCACGCUCGCCCUCGUGGACGCCCUCACGCUGGGAGAAUUUGGACGCCACGGCGCCCGCUGGGAGUCGGGUCCCGGUUGCCAGGUGACGGGGUGGGUGUGGGUGUUUGCGUCCGAGGCAAGCGUGCUGCUGUUGACCCUGGCAGCCGUGCAGUGUGGCAUGACGUGCGCACGGGCCUACGGAAAGGCGCCCUCACACGGGAGCGUCCGUACGUGCGCAUUCUUCUGCCUCACCGUCUCUCUCACCCUGGCAUCCCUCCCUCUGGUCAAUGUGGGGGAGUACGGUUCCACCCCUCUCUGCCUGCCCUCCCCCUUGCAUCCCCCCUCCUCCCAUCCACCCUCCUCUCUAGGCUUCCCUCUCUCUCUGAUCAUGAUGAAUACACUGUGUCUGCUGAUAGUGACAGUCUCCUACAUCCGUCUGUACUGGGAGCUGCUGAGAGGAGAGUGCGAGGGGCUGUGGGACUACAGCAUGAUUAAACACAUCACCUGGUUGAUCUUCAUCAACGGUCUCCUCUACAUCCCAGUGGCCUUCCUGUCUCUCUGCUCCCUGCUGGGGCUGCUUUCUGGGGAGGAGGUGCUGAAGUCUAUUCUGCUCCUUCUACAACCCCUCCCCUCCUGCCUCAACCCACUCCUCUUCCUCCUAUUCACCCGAGACCACACCCACUUCUUGUUCUGGCCACAUCCCAAGGCACGCCCCCAGUUAUACCGGGACUGCACGCUUGAAGACUCGCUGGUCUCUGUGGACACAGAGAAGAGCUUGUGUUCUGAUUUGUCGACGCAGGUGUCACUCGCCGAGGCUGACGCCCUCUACGGUGGAAGCCCCGCCCUCCAACCCCGGAUGGAUCCAAUCAGAUUAUCCCACUGCUCUUCUUCCUCCUCCUCGGUUCCUCUGAUCCCGUGUCAGACACCUUCCCCCAGCCUGAGAGAAGAGAGAUGG